AUGUCGUCUAAAAAACAUAUUAUGUUAUCCUAUCAAUGGGAUAAUCAAAAAAUUGUAACAGAAGUUUAUCGUCGUCUUAGUGAAAAAAAGAUUCCAUUAUGGAUGGAUAUACAAGGUGGAAUGAAAGGUCAUUUAAGUGAAAGUAUGGCAGCAGGAGUAGAAAAUGCAGUAGCCAUAUGUUGUUUUUUGACACCAAAAUAUCAAGAUAGUGUUGCAUGUAAAGAUGAAUUAACUUAUGCAAAAGAACAAGGUGUAUGUAUUAUUCCAAUACGUUUAAUAGCAAAAUGGAAACCAACAGGUUGGUUAGGUUUUACUAUAACAGGACAUAAAUGGAUUGAUUUUCGUGAUAUUGAUACAAAUAUGGAUUUAAGAAUUCAACAGUUAAUCAAUGAAAUUCGAAUGUUAGUUGGAAAUAAACUCGAUUGUUUUAAAGAUAUGGAACCAUUGGGCUUUAUGCAUGAUGAAGACGAAAAAGAAGAAGAGCAUAAUGAAGAAAAUUCUUUUACUAUAAUCGACGAACAAGAUUUUGAUCCAACUUCAUAUUAUCGUUUAACAACACAAUGGCAAGGCAAUAAUAAAUCUCUUGAUGUUGUCAAUGAUGGUAAAAAUAAUAAUCAACUUAUACUUGCUACAACUGGUAAUUAUAGUGGACAAUAUUGGAAGAUUACUCCAACUGAUAAUGGAUUUUAUCGUUUAACUACACAAUGGCAAGGUGACAAGAAAUCUCUUGAUGUUGUCAAUGAUGGUAAAAAUAAUAAUCAACUUAUACUUGCUACAACUGGUAAUUAUAGUGGACAAUAUUGGAAGAUUACUCCAACUGAUAAUGGAUUUUAUCGUUUAACUACACAAUGGCAAGGUGACAAGAAAUCUCUUGAUGUUAUUACUCCAACUGAUAAUGGAUUUUAUCGUUUAACUACACAAUGGCAAGGUGACAAGAAAUCUCUUGAUGUUGUUAAUGAUGGUAAAAAUAAUAAUCAACUGAUACUUGCUAAAACUGGUAAUUAUAGUGGACAAUAUUGGAAGAUUACUCCAACUGGUAAUGGAUUUUAUCGUUUAACUACACAAUGGCAAGGUGACGAUAAAUCGCUUGGUGUUUUCAACGAUGGUAAAAAUAAUAAUCAGCUUAUACUUGCUAAAACUAGUGAUUGUCAGGAACAAUAUUGGAAAAUAACAAAAGUGUGA